UUGAUGAUUAAUCAUGGUGUGGACUUGCUGCCAUAUUCUCCUAGUGUGUGCAUCACCUCCCUGCUCCUUUCAUAUUUACAUGCAAUAUUUCAAGUCUGCAGCAGGCGUAACCUCAGAUGCCGCUCGCUCACGUCUUUCUUCCUGCAAUAUGUUUUUACUUGUUGUUUGGAUUGUUCCUGAUGUUGCCGUUGCAGUCUGGCAAACAUCCCCGUGCUGCCCUUUGAAGCUUUGUGUGACGCCGUGUGGGAAUUGUGACACCUUGCUUCCAUCAAAGCGCAGGUGAGAGGCAGCACUCGUGCGCAUAAAAGACGUGGCCGCGUCACGCCGACAGUGCGCUGACAGCAAGGUCACCAUUUGGGACCUUGGACCACCAGACAGUCUAGUUUCUUUGCUUCUAGACCCAACUUUUUUACGUCAAAUAUUAUUCUUGUUGUUUAUCAUCAAAAUGGUGCGUUUUUUCAUCAUCAUCAUCAUCAUCAUCCUCUUUUUGUCAACUCUGGCAGCGGCGGGGUUCCCUUACAACACUUUGGAGCGCGUCCACAAGGUCUCCAAAGAGUUUGAGUCCUCUGGCAGUGGACCAGGUGAGUCGGUGCAGGGGCGAGUGCGGGUGGUGCAAUUGGACCCGCGUGCCGCCGCGCUGCAGUCCGGCCUCUUCAGGAGGGGCCUGGCCUCCAGGAGAGCCCCCUCCCUAGGCUCCAGACUGCCCUUCCCGGCGUUCCUCUCUCAGGGGCGACCCGGUGCGGGCUCCAAGGCCGCCGUGAGCCCGCUGCAGCGCCUGCAAGCCGGGAAACCCGCCGAGGCCGAGCUGAAGAAGAGACCAGGCCUGCACGUGUGGCAGAGAGCCAUCCAGAAGGGAAACAAGAUGGCUGUGUCUCUGCCAGCCACCUUGAAGGACGCCAAACAGACGUGCACGGCCAUUCCUUUCAUUCAGCGUGUGACAGCCGAGGGUUGCCCCACCGUGACCGUGCACAACAAGCUGUGUUUCGGCCAGUGCAGCUCCCUCUUCGUCCCCUCGGAGACCACGGACCCGGCCGGAAGGGGCGCCCACCAGCGGACGCCCUGCUCCCGAUGCGCCCCGUCCAAGUCUCACACUGUGACCAUCCCCCUGCAGUGUGGCGGGGAGGUCCGAGAGAGGCGGGUGAUGCUGGUGGACGAGUGCAAGUGUGAGACGGGCCGUGAGGAGACUGCUGCUUUGCCACACAUGUAACCGCUUUAUGGCGUUGUUGUUGUCGUAUGAGAAUUGAGACGGUAGUAUUUACCCUCAUUCUCAUCGUGAUAUCAUGUCCAUUAUAUGGAUACACCUAUUUGUGUCAUGCAUUACCGGGGUUUGAUUUGAUAAGUUGCUAAUCAAUGGCUCCAAAUGGGACUAGUUAUUGAAAUAACAAACAUUGAGAGCCUUUUUGAUCAAUACAGUAGGAAGGGGAUUCAUAUGGCCCCUUUCAUUGCGGUUUACCUGACACAUGAAACGGGACAAAUUGGGGUGGUGCACUAUCCACGUUCGCCGCCAGAUGACAGUAGACUGUUGAAUGUCUUAAAAUGUGUGGCAAUUCCUACUUUGACCGUAGCGUCAGUUGUUAUGUAGAGUGGCGCUUUCCAUCACUUCAGCAGACUGCAUGGCAAAAAUUAAUAAUUCCCCCCUCUUCCUGUAACGCGUUAUCCACCCAGGAAUGGGGCCAUAUGAAUCUCUUCCCUACUGUAGUGGUUGUGGCCCUCAACAACCGCGUAUAGCAGGGGUGUCCAUUCUAAAAUCAUUAUUACAAAAAAAAACCAGAUAAAAUGAGCAAUAAAAAAAAAAAAUUCAAGCCAAUAUCGAUACAGAUAACUUCCGGCUUCUCAAAAACGAUACCAAUGAGCAAUAAUAAAAAAAAUUGUUCAAGCCAAUAACGAUACAGAUAAGUUCCGGCUUCUCCAAAACGAUACCAAUAACCAAUUAACUUGUUUUUAUUAUAAUUUUUUUUUUUAAAGUAAAUUCAACUUCUUGUGCGGCAGGCGUCUUCCUACGCUUUCAAACCGCUGUCCUUUCAUGUGGCUGAUAAGGUUUGAUGUGUUGACGCGCAACGUUAUUUUUCCUCCUCGCCGUAUGAUUAGCAGGCGAAAUAUCUUCCUCUGAAACGUAAAGAAGUUCAAAAACGAUCGACAUUAUGUUUGUUUACACUGAGCUUGGCGUAAGUUUAUGACACGAGUAGGAGAAAAGGAGCGUUUGAUUUGCUCACCCGACCCUCGCCUUAUUGGAGCAAUUUUUUCAAUAGUCGAUUGUAUUGUAGUCUGUACACACCUUUUUAUGUGGCUGGCUUUAGGACCGUUUUUUUUUUUUGCACCAGGCAUCUUCCUAGGCCUUCAAAAAUACACAAUCUGACUGAUAAGGUUUGAUGUGUUGAAGCACAAUGUUUUUUUCCUCCUCGUUGGAAUAUAUUUGGGAACAUUCAGUGCAAACAACACAAAAAAUGUCUUCUUCUGAAACAGUAAAGAAGUUCCAAAAGAUCGACGUCAUGUUUGUUUACACUGAGCUCAGGCGUACGUUUACAACACAAUAAGGAGAAAAGGAGCACUUGAUUUGCUCACCCUAACCCACCUGCAGCACAAUACGGUUAAUCUCGCCUCAUUGAAGCUAUUCUUUUUAUAUACCUACUUCUUCCUAGGCUUUCAAAACACCGUCGUGGCGAUGCUGUCGUUUUAUAUGGCUGAUAAGGUUUGAUGAGUUAUGUUAUGUUAUGUUAUUUUCAUUUAUUAUGCGCCCCCCCCCAAUCAACGGUUGAAGCAUAAUGGGUUUUUUUUUGUCCUCGCAGAAAUUAUUUGUAGAACAAAUGUCUCUGUCUGAAACAGUGAAGAAGUCCCAAACAAUCAAGGCCAUGUUUGUUUACACUGAGUUCAGAGGAAGUUAAUGACGCGAGUAGGAGAAAAGGAGCACUCGGUUUGCUCACCCUAACCCACCUACUGUACAGCACAAUACGGGUAAUCUUGCUCUAUGGCAUGGUAUCUAUAAUUAUUCAAUAUUUAAUUUAUAAUUACACAUGUUUUUUCUUGUCUUUAAAAUACAGUACAGGCCAAAAGUGUGGACGCACCUUCUCCUCAUUCAAUGCGUUUUCUUCUUACAUUGUAGAUUGUCACUGAAGGCAUCAAAACUAUGAAUGAACACAUGUGGAGUUAUGUACUUAACCAAAAAAAAAGGUGAAAUAACUGAAAAAUGUUUUAUAUUCUAGUUUCUUCAAAAUAGCCACCCUUUGCUCUGAUUACUGCUUCGCACACUCUUGGCAUUCUCUCGAUGAGCUUCAAGAGGUAGUCACCUGAAAUGGUUUUCACUUCACAGGUGUCUUAGUUUUGAUGCCUUCAAUGACAAUCUACAAUGUAAAUAGUCAUCACAAUAAAGAAAACAUUGAAAUGAGAAGGUGUGUCCAAACUUUUGGCCUGUACUGUGUAUAUGUAUGUAUAUAUAUAUAUUUCUAUAUA